AGCUGAUGCUGACGUCUGACAAACGAGAAAUGACAGCUGUCAGAAUCGUGGGAGGAUUUGUUGAUCUAACAUCAUGAUUAAUUCUAAUCCAUUAACACGCGUACAUUUUUUAAUUGCCGUUUUAAACCAGUGCUUGGAAGUAGCCCCCUAAAAUGUCCGACUCGGACCCGUACGUGCAAAAACACCAGCAACUAUUACGCGACUUAAAAAACACAGUUGAGGGGCUGUUGGUGUCUCAAGUGGCUAACGUGUGGUCAAUUUACGGUGGUUUGAACCGUCUGCACUGCUCCGUGGAGAAAAUAUUCAAACACGGGUGCAAAUCUCCUGGAAUUGAGUCUACGAGUUAUUUCGACUUUAUUCAAGGAUUGGAGUGGUUACAACCCGAAAAUUCUAAAUCGUAUUUUUCCAUUGACUGCGAGUACAAGCCGCACUUGCCCCAGAAUCUCAAAGACGAUAAAGCUUCGAUUUGGCUGUACCGAAGCCUAGAAAACCACUCUUUGUCGCAGAAAUUGUCAUGGCUGCUUUCCGACAAGACACACUUGCUGAAAUGCUACCAAGAAUACGCGUUUUUGAGUCAGGAAAAGUACGCGGAAGCGGCCCUCAUCUGCUUGAGGGCGGUGGAGAGAAACCAGGCUAGUCUCAUGUCGGAAAUCAACCCCUGUCUCUUCCUUCUCGAAGCCAACGCUAAGGAAUUUCACAAAAUGCACCGCCGUUGCUCCUCUUACCCCGACGACCAUUUCAAAAAAGACUACUCAGGGGGUGACAAGAAGCCAAAAGGGCCCCCAACUAAGACCCCCGUGAUAAGGGGCAAGUUGAAACCGUGGCAUAGUAUGCCCAGUCUGCGGUCAGACUCUUUCAAAAUCAAGAGCAAACAAAUGUUCACACAGAGUAAAACCACUCCGUCCACGCCACUCUAUACCAAAAAAAUUUCAACUAGUGCUUUAAAAAUAGAUUAUAAGUCGAUGCAGUAUCCCAAAGUAAGGAAGUCGAAUUUGAAGAAGGGCUUUUCAAAGGCGAAGAAAGAGACGAGGCAUGUGAUUAUAAACAAUUGUGAUAUUAUUGAGCACACGCCGCCUUUGAGCAGCUCCCAGAGUAGCGGCGGCGCUAUGGGGAAUGAGGAUUUGAUGAAUCUCUCGACUAAGUCGUUGCCUGAGACAAGAAAUUUGGCUCAUUCUCCGAGACUUGUUGACAGUUUUUUGCCUUUGCCGGGGGAGAAGGACUACAGGAAAGCCCCCAAAAAGUCUUUUAUUGAGGACGGGGGCAUGAGUGUACUUCCCAUGGCCACGGGGUAUUUUCCAAGGCCGGUAAAGGGCCAGAGUUUGCUCUCCUUCCUGACGUCCAGUCAGUUCGCUCGAGCAAACGCCGAACUGGAUCGCGAAAACGCCCAUUUCAGCAUCUCUGAAGCCAUCAUUUCAGCGAUGGAACAAAUCCGAUGUCGUCGCGAUUUCAAACUAACCGACGACCAAUUCGACGACAGUGAUCCAGAAAUCAUGGAUUUAAAGCAACGAAUUCGGUUACGGCGACGCGAAAAAAUGGUCGAAAAACAAAAAAAAGUCUGGUCGGAAUCUUUAUUAAGCGACGGACGAACUGACACCGCCACCACCGUGAGCCCCUGCUCCACCACGCCCGACACCCUCUCCGAAAGCGCCAGCUCCGACGAAGUGGAGGACUUCGACAUAGACGAAGCUUCGAAUCUUUCGGAAGACCACGGGCUUUCGGCGUCGAUGGCGUCGUUGUAUUCGGAAGCCGAUGUUUUGAAACGGCCACGUGGGGCACCAGACGGUGCUUCUGAUGUGUUUUCAGCAGAAGGUGUCGCCUUGUCGCUCAUUAGCAAGUUCAAUGAAAAGCAGUUGCCACGAGCGUCCGAUUUGGAGUGGUUGGUGUCCGAAGAAGAUGCUCCCCAAGCUCUGCUACCGCUGCCAAAGAGUUGGCCAGUGAGUCCGGACGAUUCCGAGACGACUUCUACGCUGCUGAGGGGGACACAGGAAUGGGCACCGCCCAGGCCCCAGAUCAUCUUCACGAUACAUCCGCCACCUACGAGAAAAACCCUGAUUGCGAAGCAAAACUACCGAUGCGCUGGCUGUAGCAUGAAAGUGGCGCAGCAGUACGCCUCCAGGUACCGCUACUGCGACUACUUGGGUCGCUAUUUCUGCACAGGGUGUCACACCAACCAACUGGCGUUAAUACCGGGGCGUGUUAUCCAAAAGUGGGAUUUUACGAGAUAUCCAGUUUCCUCCUUCUCGUAUCGACUUCUAGAACAAAUGUAUUCCGAUCCCUUAUUCCGAGUCUUCGAACUGAACAAACACAUCUGGAAGAUGUCGAAAAAUCUCCAGUUGUGUCGACGAUUCCGCUUGGGUUUAUUCUACUUGAAAGACUUUAUUUUUGCUUGUAGAUUUGCCGAAUCAAUUCGGGAGAGAUUAGAACAAGAAAAAUCGUACCUUUUGACCGACCCUGAAGUUUAUUCCAUGGAGGAUCUAGUCAAUGUUAGAAACGGUGAUAUGAAACUUAGGCUGAAAUAUUUAAUCGAGGUGUGCUGUAGACACACUUCGGAGUGUAAAUUGUGUGUAGCGAGGGGGUUUAUCUGUGAAAUUUGCAAUGCCCCUGAAGUCAUAUUUCCGUGGCAGAUGCGUAAAGUCAGCCGAUGUAAUCAAUGUGGGACCUGCUAUCAUAUUAGUUGUUGGAACCCUAGUGAUAAACCAUGUAACAAAUGCUUGAGAAUUAGCAAACGUAGGGAAAGUAUAGGGAAUAGUUCACACGACAAUUUUUAAUUGUGUAUUUAUUCGUUAGACAAUUUUUUAUAAAGUGCAAUUGUGUAUGAGAUUAUUUAAUAUAUAUUUUUCGAACAA